AUGGUCUGUAGCAAGGUCUUCGUCCUGAGCCUCGUCUCCUUGCAAUGCCAUGCGCAGUCCAACCUUCGCGGCAAUGCCACAAGUGCUUUGCAGAGCAAGUUAGCAGGGCUCCUAUCCAAUGAAGGCGCACGGCGGCUUGCAGGCGUGCCAUUUCAAUGUUCCACCGGUCCGCAGAAGGAAGAUGACUGCCGUGGAAAGGGUGGCUCAUGCACCCCCUACCCCUUCUUCCCAGAUACUAAGGUCGCCCAAGAGGAGCCCUUUUGGCAAGACUCUUCUCCUUUCGUCAGCUAUGUGUUCGUCCCAUACAACGAGGAUUCGUACCAGGCCUACCAAUCUCCAGGCGCAUCAGACAUUUGGGUAGUGCACGGCCACGAUCUUGCAGGUGCGCAAGCCACAGAUUGUGGAGGUGAUGUGCACUACUUUGAGCAUAUUGAGGACCUUGGGAAUACACAGCAUCACACAUGCAAGCAGGAAGAGUAUCCCGCUCAGGACAACUGGUGCUACUUCGACCACCCCGGCAUCGGACAGACCUUUGGGCAGUACCAGUGUGGGUGGUGGAGAGGCUACGACAAUGCCUGGGACGCCUCUCUGUGGAGGGCAUGGGGCAAUAUUGGAGUCGAUGCUCAGGGGGCCCCCUCGGUCAAGGAGACUGCGAUGGCAUGGCUCCGUAAUUGCGAAGAUUGCCCUGGAAAGGACGGGACCCUGCACACCUUCCGGGAUGCUGGAAAGCCAGUCGCCUGGUUCACAGGAGUGCUCUUUCCGUGGGUUUGCAGUUGGACGAAUGGAGAUACCAGCACAGUCCCUUGGACGGGGGAAGUGGGAAAGAAGUGCUACUGCGACAACGAGCCCUGGGGUGGACGGAAUGAUGGCAGCAACAUUCCCAACCACUACUUGGCUGUUGUCUACUGCGCGAAGUACCAGAACGAGCACGGGAUGCAUUGUGACACGGUCACUUUCAAUUGUGCUGCGGGAUCUUGCUCGGGUGCAAGCAUCACGUCGAAGAACUUCUGGAUGCAGGAAGCCAGCUUCCCCUGA